CUCGGAGAUGGCAUUCGUUCCGCCGCUGCUCCACAGUCAGGAUGCCUGCUCUAGCCUGCUGGGUCCUUCUGGCCCUCGGCCUGGCGUGGCCCAGGCAGACAGCAGGGGCGGCCAGGCUCCCUCCGCCCUGUGAUAGCCAGAUCUACUGCACCGGGGAGCUCCUCCGGCAGGUCCAGCAGGCCCAGCUCUUCACGGAUGACAAGCACUUCGUGGACAUGCCACUCCGGGCCAAGCCGGAGGAGGUCCUGGGGCAGUUCCAGCAGCUGGUGAACGCAACGCCUGGCGGGGGGGCCCUGUCAAGGCAGCAGCUGGCUGCGUUCGUGGAGGCCCACUUCUUCCCUCCGGGGCAGGAGCUGCAGGCUUGGGAGCCCCCAGAUUGGACCAGCAGCCCUCCUCUUCUCCAGAGGAUCCUGGACGAGAAGCUGCGAUUCUGGGCACAGGAGCUGAUUUCCAAGUGGAAGCAGCUGGGCAGGCAGAUCAAGCCAGACGUCCAAACCAACCCAGAGCGGCAUUCCCUGAUCUACGUGCCAAACCCGCUGAUAGUUCCUGGAGGGCGGUUCCUGGAAUACUACUACUGGGAUUCCUUCUGGAUCAUCGAGGGCCUGCUGCUCUCGGGCAUGGCAGCCACCGCCGAGGGCAUGAUCCAGAACUUCCUCUUCCUGGUGGAGAAGUUUGGACACAUCCCGAAUGGGGGCCGCGUCUACUACGAGCGCCGGAGCCAGCCGCCCUUCCUCACCCUGAUGAUGGAGAGCUACUUGAAACACACAAACAGUACCAGUUUCCUGAGGAGAAACAUCCACCUGCUGGAGGCCGAGUACCGCUUCUGGCAGCAGCAGCGGGCAGUGAACAUCUCCACUGGGGGCCAGCAGUACCAGCUGAACCGCUACCGUGUCCAGGUGGGGGGGCCCAGGCCAGAGUCGUACAUGAAGGAUGUGCAGCUGGCGAGCGGCCUGGAUGCUGAAGCACAGCAGUCGCUCUGGGCGGAACUGAAGACUGCGGCGGAAUCCGGCUGGGAUUUCUCUUCCCGCUGGUUCCUGCCGGGGCCACGCUCCACCCAGGCCACGCUGAGAGACACCAAAGCCAGCGAGGUGGUGCCCGUGGACCUGAACGCCAUCCUGUGCAGAGUUGAGCGGCUCCUCGCCACCUUCUACAGGGAGCUGGGGAACAGCCAGAAGGCCGACUCCUUCCAGGCAGCUCACGAGCAGCGGGUGGCUGCCAUCCGGGCCGUCCUUUGGGACGACCAGGCCGGAAGCUGGUUUGACUAUGACCUGCUGCAGCAGAGGAAGAGCACGGCCUUCUACCCGUCCAACGUAGCCCCUCUCUGGGCCGAGUGUGGCGUGGACGCUGCUGUGGUAGAAAAGGCCCUUGGCUACCUGCAGGGGAGCUCCGCACUGUCCUACGCCAACGGACUGCCCGCCUCCUUGGCUCGCACGGGCCAGCAGUGGGACCUGCCCAACGCCUGGGCCCCACUCCAGCACAUGGUGAUCGAGGGUCUGGCCAAGUCCUCCCUGCCCCAGGCACAAGAACUGGCCUUCACCUUGGCCCAGCGCUGGGUGCGGAUGAACCUGGCCGUCUACGAGAGGCACCACGCCAUGUUUGAGAAGUACGUGGUUGAAGGCGACGGGGAGCCGGGCACCGGUGGGGAGUAUCCCGUCCAGGUGGGGUUCGGCUGGACCAACGGAGUGGUCCUGCAGCUGCUGGAUCGCUAUGGCAGCCGGCUCACCUCCACAGGUGCUCUGGUGACUCCGAUGCUGCCCUGGAUCGGGACCUGCCUGGCCCUGGCCCUGCUGUAGCCACUGCCUUCCGGCCCAGCCUGACUCUGGAUUGCAGGGAGGCAGGCGGCCACUGGCUGGCAUCCGCCCUUCCCGUGGGGCCGAGGCAGCACAGGAGCCUUCCAGCCAUGGCCGAGGGCUUCCGCCUGGGCAGUGUGGCGAGCAUGGCCAGCUGCCUCCCUGGCGUGCCAGGCGUGGGAACGAAAGGAGCACCCGGUUGCGGAUCCUUCUCUGGUUCUGGCGGGUUCCUCUGGGCCGGUCUGCCUAGAGCAGAGUGCGCCGAGGCAAGGCAGGUGGAGGGACGGGGAGACCUCAGGACUGCACCACAGGAAGGCAAGGAUGCAACUCCGGGGCUUUCUGACUCAGAAGAAGGCACGUGACUGGCGGGGGCAGCAGAGGUCAUGCAUGCUGCCAAGAGUUAACUUGUCCCUCCAAAGAAGGGCCAGCUAGGUGGACGGUGGCUCUCAGCAGCGGCAAUACCGGCUGGGGCUGAUGGGAUGCAAAAUCAGAAGCAUCUGGGGGCACUGAGCUGGGCAGGCUGCUGUGACUUGACUCUUGUGUCCGUGCACUUUGUUGGCAAAUAAACCACGCCAGACCAA